UUAUGAACUUGAACAGGAUGUAAACAGUGCAAACAUGUGAAUGGUGCUUUGUUGUGAAGCCAAGCUCCAUCAUACAUCCAAGCAAGCCUAGCAUCGUUCAAGUAGCCAUGUCGAGCUACAUUCUGCAGCAGACAGUUCAUAAAGAAAGACUAGGGCCAAUGGAACCUGAAGUUCAGCUACAAAAGUUUGCAGGCAACACCAUGAGACCUUACUCAUGCCACACUCAGAGUCACAUUGCGAGCCUAGCACCACAGAAUGGCAUCCCCAAGGCCUUGAAAGGCAUUUCUAGACGUUCUGAGAGCAAAUUGUCCAGACCUGUACCUAGCCAAGAAUCAAGUUGUAAGGCUUCCAAAGAAAAUCCAUCAGUAGCAGUCAAUAGAGGGUCUGCAAGCUCAGAUAGAGGGCAAACUAGGGGAGCUCAUGCAUAUGAAAGGAAGAAAAAGAGUAACAAUAUUCCCCCAAGAUUCAGAGCGGAAAACCAUAGGAGACAGAGUAACAAGACCAAUGGAGAGACCUCUGCUCACACUUCUCAGCCCAAGAAAAAGUCAGAUAAAAAAGCUGAAAUGGUCAAGGUGAUGUCUCCCAUUACAUCCAGCUGUAUAGACACCACACACAGUCAACUGGAGAAGCAAAGUGUUGAGGUGGACUGUACUGGUGCUUCUGAGAAUGGAGGCCAACCUCAGUCUCUCCGAUUAUCUGAGCCUAGGAUGACGGUUGACCUGACGUUCUCUGCUCAACUCUCCCCACCCAGUACCUCCAGGAGAUCUAGUCUGGCUGCAAGUGACACCGAUGAAGAGCUCUUCCAGGAUGCACUGAGCUACCUCCCAGUUCCAGUGCGUAGUGGCAUGAGCAGCACCACCUCCUCAGCCUUCGUCACACCGGCCUCGUCUCGUUCCCAAUCCCCCGUCCACCACGUGCACGUGAGGGAGGGUGUGGACUCACUGCAUGACUCACUUAAGAAGCUCGAACAAGAACAAGAACUCGAUUCGUUCAAUAAUGUCUCACCUGAAGAUUCACCAUCUUGUGGUAGUCAUGUGACACUCAUCGAUGAUCAUGUGAUCGAAUCAGAUGCUCCCCCAAAUUUCCCGUACACAUUCAUUCAUAACUCACAAAUACACAAUGAACCGAAAAAUCAGCCGAUGGUAAAAAAUUACUCGAAUGAUACUGUAUUCCAAAUGGUGGUCGGUGACAUUGAGGUAGAAGUGAAUGGACAAGAAUACAACAAGUGUACAUUCGAGUGUCCCUUUUCUCCCGUGGAACUCAACGAUGAGGAACACGACAGCGGGUGUGGAAUGAGCAUUGGAUCACCCUCCAAGUCAAUAAUAAAGCACAAAGAAAAGCGACCCGGUCUCAUCUACAUACCGCAGGAGCUCUCUCAUCAGAUCCCUCGUGGGCGAAGUAGUUUUGAAUUCAGUUCUCUAUCGACAGCUAGUCCUCAAUCGAGCAUCUGCUCCACCUCUCCCCUCUCCCUUUCGCCAUCUCCCACACCGCCAUUGUCCAGCACACAACAGUCAACUGUUGAAGUAUUUCAGCAGUGGCCCGAUCUUAGCACUAAAGCUCCUCCUCACCCACCCCCCGUGGAUCAUCUGUGUCCGAAUAGUGUUACCCAUCGUCCAACACAGGAGGAAAAGUUUCGAAUGGAGCAAUGGCGCAGUAAUCUACUAGCACAGCUGAGACAACAGCAAGAGAAGCUGGAUCAAAAGAAGAUGCAAAAAGAACAAGAAAUGUCUCUCCCCCCACAAUUUCAUCAUAUGUUCCUGACACGCAAUGGCACCCCUCCACUCUCUGCACAUGCUCCACAGCCUCCACACAGGUCACUACCUCCCAGUUUCUUCCCCCCCUUCCCUCCACACUCCACACCUAUGUUCAUGCCACCACCCCCACCGCAUAUGUUCGAGAGACCUCCACAACCUCUCAACUUUACAUACCCACCAGCAGAUGGCGGCAAUCUCCCAACUAGCUGGCCUAGCAGCGAGACACACAAAGAAGACCCACAACCAAUCAAACCUGUUCCAGCGAAGAGCACUCACUCUCUGUGUGAUACUUGGGUUCUGUGGUAUGACAAGAUCAUUGGGAGUCAUAGGAACAGUUUCUCUGACUACAAGGCAUCACUUAAACAAAUUUACACCAUCACAUCAGUAGAGGAGUUUUGGAAGCUGUUCAACAACAUCAAACCUCCCAGUGCCCUGGAGAACAGCACCAACUACCACUUCUUCAAAGCUGGCAUCAACCCGUUGUGGGAGGACCCUGCCAAUCAGCCGGGAGGCAAGUGGGUACUCACCAUCAAGGAGAGCCCUCACAUCCUGGACAGAACCUGGUUGGAAGUGUUGUUGCUGCUGAUUGGCGGCAACUCAGUGAGGAGGAACCUCGUGAAUGGAGUGGUCAUGUCUAGACGCAAGAAGGGAAACAGAAUUGCUAUCUGGACUAAUCAGAAAAAGAAGAAAUCAAACCUAGCAAUAUGCAAAGAGCUGAUUGAAGCACUGAUCCUAGCUUGUGGUGUACAAAUGGACCAGCUACCAACAUUUGUGAAGCAGUUGGCAGAGUGCAAGAGUGGUCUGGGGUUGGUGUUCAUGCACCACACGGACUCACUCAAAAGUGGUUCCUCCUAUCAGAAUGAGUCGCACAUCAAGCUAAAGGACCACGUCCAGGACCUGUUACGUGAUCUCGGCUGCAGAUAGCAAGAACUAUAAAAGACAGUGCUGGCCACUUAGUGCAAUAAGACUAUUUUCAUGUCAAUUGUGUUAAUUCAUGUCAAUAUUGUUUAUGUGUCUAUAAUUAUAGUAAAAUUGAAAAUGUGAAA